CGCCACGUCGGCUGCUCGUGUCAAGUUGUCAAGAAUUCGUUGUUUGCUCUUUGCUGGUAGUUAAUGUUUAUAAUUUCAUAUUUCAUCGGUGUUUAUUUCUAUGUGUUUAGGAAGACUUUUAUGCAAUUUAUUAAUACAAUUAUAUGUUCUAAUCAAAGAUGAGGCUUGACUUUACUUUGAUUUAAUAUCGAUUUAUUUUCAGUAUAAACCAUUGCUUGGUUAAAUUGUUCAGCGUUGAAAAUUGUUAUCAAUGUGUUGGAAAUUUCAAGUUGACGUGUAAUGUUUUAUUUUUCAAUCUUCUAAAUAAAAUUUCAGUUAUUAGAAAUAAUAAGCAUGGAGUAUUUCAAAUCUGGCCUUAAAUCUGUUUUGGGUGCUCCUCAACCUGGUGACCAGCCGUCUGGAGCAGACACGGUAGAGCGACUGGUAGACAGAGUGUUGUCGUCAACACUUUUGGAUGACAGAAGAGAUGCUUGCAGGGCGCUGAAAGCCCUCUCCAGGAAGUACAGGGUGGUUGUCGGUGCUCACGGCAUGAAUGCACUCCGUCAAGUACUCGAAACCGAUCAUGGUGACUGUGAAAUAGUGGGCUAUGCUCUUGACACACUCUGCAACAUCACUUCUACUGAGGUUUUCGAGGAGGAAGAGAAUUCCGAAUCAGGGCAUGAGUCGCUGCAUGUUAGUGAACAGUUCACGGAGAUUUUCAUAAAACAGCCGGACAAUGUUGGUUUGGUUCUUGGCUUCCUUGAAGAAUUCGACUUCAGAGUGCGAUGGCCUGCUGUAAAACUCCUCACACAUCUUCUCAAUAAUAAACCAAAAGACAUACAAGAAAUAAUAUUAGUCAGUCCAAUGGGUGUUUCUAAACUGAUGGAUUUGCUUGGUGAUAGUCGUGAAGUAAUCAGGAAUGAUGCAUUGCUAUUACUGAUUCAACUAUCGAAAGGAAAUGCAAAUAUUCAGAAGAUUGUUGCCUUUGAGAAUGCCUUCGACAGACUAUUCGAUGUUAUAAGCGAGGAAGGAUACUCAGAUGGAGGCAUUGUAGUUGAAGACUGCUUGCUUCUCAUGUUGAAUCUUCUGCGCAACAACACUUCAAAUCAAAAUUUCUUCAAAGAAGGUAGUUAUAUCCAGAAAUUAGCUCCAAUGUUUGAGCUGCCUUCGGACAUCAAUGAAGAAGGAAUGUGGACUCGCAACAAGUCAUCAACGAUUCAUUGCGCUCUAAUGGUUGUACGCACACUGAUAUCGCCGAGCAACCCUGCACAAGUGAUCUCAUCAUGCCAGAGGGCUCUGAAGAAGGCUGGCAUAGUGGAGGCGAUGUCGGCAAUACUGAUGGCAAGUGGCGUCCCCGUCGACAUCCUCACUGAGACGAUAUGCGCCGUAGCUGAGUGCAUCAGAGGCAAUCCCACCAAUCAAGAAUAUUUCGCUUCUGUAGUGGCACCUUCAACUCCUCCUAGAGAAGCAAUAGUGGUUCUGCUGAUGUCGAUGGUGAAUGAAAAGCAGCCAUUCUCGCUGCGUUGUGCUGUGUUGUACUGCUUCCAAUGUUUCCUAUUCAAAAACGAAACAGGGCAAGGGCAGCUGGUGCAGACUCUUCUCCCGUCUUCCACCGAAGUUGGAAGUUUCACGUCGGGCCAGCUGCUGUGUGGCGGACUAUUCAGCCUCGACGCUCUGUCCAACUGGUUUUCGGCGGUGGCGCUGUCGCACAGUCUGGUCGAGAACCCGGCCCAAAGGGAGCAGCUGUUGAGGGUGCUUCUGGCUGCCACGCCCGGCGCUAAUACACCCAUAUCUCUGCUACACCAGGCCACGUUGCUGCUUCAACAGAAUAGCAAAGUGCAAAGCAAAUUGGGCUUGUUGAUGCUACUGAGCACCUGGCUGUCACAUUGUCCUGUGGCCGUCAAACAGUUUCUGGCAAUACCAUCCAGUAUAUCCUAUCUCACCGCACAGGCAGCUUCUACAGAGCGUGAUGAUAAUGAGGAACUUGUACAGGGUCUUUGUGCCUUUCUUAUAGGAAUCUGUGUCUACUUCAAUGAUGAAUCGUCUCCGUCAUUUUCAAAGGAGGAUCUUCGGCAGUUGAUAGCGAAACGUAUUGGCCUGGAGAUUUUCCUGGACAAACUGAGUGAGGUGUCGCGCCACGAGAACUACAGCACGGCCUUCAAGCAGCCUCAGCUGCGACCGCGCACCCCGAACGACCUUCUCCUCGAUCACGAGUUUUGUCGGCUGUUCAAAGCCCUUGAAGGCAUGAUAAUCAAAGCAGUCAAUGCGAAUGCUUCAAGCGGCAUUGCAAACGGCGGAAUGGAUUUGUCGUCUUCGGACAAUGCACUAGUGAUGCAGUACAAGGAUCUGAUCAGAGAGCAGGACAACAAACUCAGAGAACUGGAGCAAGAGAAUCAGGUGCUGCGGCACGAGAAUCGGACGCUCACUCAGCAGAAUGAACAGCUCAACAGUUCAAUGGCACAACUUCGCGAUCAAAAUAUGAUAUUAAGAGCACAGGUAAAUGCUGGUGGUCCCCAAGUUAACCAGCAAGAAAUAUCUCUUAUGGUAUCCGAAUUACAGACAGUCAAAGCCGAUUGUCAAAGGAAAGAUGCUGUUAUCCAAAAUCUGCUGGAAGAGCUACAUGCCCUUAAACUUUCCAAGAUGACUAUUACAAGUGAACAGAAUGGUCAAAUUAAUCAACCAGAGACAAAUGAAGAGACGUCCGGAAGAGAGGCCAAGCUGAAAUGGCUGCUAGAAAGAGAAACCGAAGAAAGACUGAGUGAGCUGAUAUCGAACAGCGACGAGUUGGAGCAGAUGAAGAAGGACCACGAUGAUUUGCUAGAGUUGCUGGCCGACCAGGACGUCAAGUUGUCAACCUACAAAGAUAGACUGAGAAAACUCGGCGAAAACGUCGAGGAUGAUGAAGAGGAAUGUGGAGAACCAACCGACAACACAAGUAACCCAAACUUGUUGCAAAGUUGAAACAUUGAGGCUAGCUGCUACUGACCUCAGCAAACUGAUUCAUCAUAGAUGAUGAGUAUCACCUACUAUCUAUAGACAUUAACAGCUCAGACUAUUCUACGAGAAUCAUGCUCUGUUAUGUGAAUAAGUGUUAACAAAGUCAACUCAAUUAGAAUAUGCUGUAGAUGUGUAUAUUGCUAGGCUAUUCAGUCAGAAGUUCGAACUGCAGAUCUGUAUUAUUGUGAUCAUUCAAUACUUCUGUUCAUUCCUAUAUUUAUCAUUGACCAGAACUCAAUAAUAUGCAAAUCUGCAUAUUGAUUUACUCAUAAAAAAAUUCACUUAAAUGGGCUACUUUUUUACAAAUUAAUAAAAACAAUAUGAAAACUUGUUGUACCCUUUAUAUUAUUAAAAACUUUGAAAUAUUUCAACGACUAGUUUCGACCAUAACUUAGGUAAUUUUCAAGUUGAAAUGUGGAAAAUGAAUUAUUUAGAAAAAUAAUAAAUUUUUUAUUAUGUGUUAUUUUCCUCAUUUCAACUUGAAAAUGACUUAAGUUAUUGUCGAUACUAGUCGUUGAAAUAUUUUAAAGUUUUUAAUAAUAAAGGGUACUACAAGUUUUCAUAUUGAUUUACUCAUAUACGAAAACUACUACCAAUUAAAUUAAUUGUUUUUAUUGAAGGAAAAUUCAGUCCUUGCUUUGCUUUUAGCAACCAGUUAUACAGUGCAAUGAUCUAUCCAUUGUGUAACUAUAUUGUUCAGUCUAAGUAUUAGAACAUUUAUAUGUUGUUGCUAUAUUAUUGUUGAAAUUACAAUGCUUAUCAAGCACAUUGCUGCACUGGCAUCAUACAAUUAUUACAGUUUUGAAUCAAAUUGUUUCAUUUAUAGUAAGUCAUUUUAGAUUCUAAAUUAUUAUGUUGUUUGAUUUGUUAUAAUUAUAAAGAUUUGAAAAAUUAACUGUUAAAUUGUUUGCAUGGUUUGAAUACAUAUGUUUUUAUAUUCAUGAA